CCUGAUGUCACUCCGUUCGUGUAUGGCUAUUGUCUUAUAGCAGCUGCAGCAGUAGCAGUUCCUCUCCAGAUUUUUAGUUUGUCAACCCCCCUUGCCUUUUCCUUCCCCCUCUCUCUCCGUCUUCAUUAGUGGAUUCUACAGUGGGAUGAGGAGUGAGGGGGUGACAGAGUGAAGAAGAUGAAAAGGAGGAUACAGUCUGCAGAAAGCAGAGAGAUGCAGUAGCUAGCCACAACCUUCCCGUAUCCUGGUUUGGAUGGGAACGCUUUUCUAUCACUGCAAAGGACUUCUCUUAAUUUUUUUUUUUUUUUUAAGUGAUUUUUUUUCUGCUUUGAGAAACAGUUGUCCUGCAUAGCUCUCAUAGUUGGCGGUUGGACUUGCUGAACGUCCGUGAUCUGAGUGGAGGCUUUUUUAACGGAUAGCCGUGCCGGGGCAUCUGGCCGUCUGGGAGGCAGCGACGGCCGGCUGGCUGCAUUGUGUUGCUUUGAUGACCCCCGCUGUGUAGCUGCCUGCUCAUCAACCCCUUCUCUCUCUGUCUCUCUCUCUCUCUUCUUUUCACCCCCCACCCUCCACCCAAUCCUGACCCCUUCUCUCUCCUCUUUCCUCCUUCUCCUCCUCCUCCACCUCCUCCUAUCUUUCCAUCACAGCUCCUGGCCCAGCCAUGUUCGGCACAGAGUCGUCAUUAAGCAUGUUUCUCAACACCUUGACCCCCAAGUUCUACGUGGCUCUGACAGGCACUUCGUCCCUCAUAUCAGGACUCAUAUUGAUCUUUGAGUGGUGGUAUUUCAGGAAAUAUGGGACCUCCUUCAUAGAGCAAGUGUCUGUGAGCCACCUGCGCCCCCUGCUGGGUGGAGUGGAUAGCAGUUCUCCCAGCAACUCUAACACGAGCAACGGAGACGCUGACUCCAAUCGGCAAAGUGUGUCCGAAUGUAAAGUGUGGAGAAAUCCUCUAAAUUUAUUUCGUGGAGCUGAAUAUAAUCGUUAUACAUGGGUAACGGGUCGAGAGCCGCUGACUUACUACGACAUGAAUCUGUCAGCACAGGACCAUCAGACCUUCUUCACAUGCGACUCAGACCACUUGCGACCAGCCGAUGCCAUCAUGCAGAAGGCGUGGAGAGAAAGAAACCCGCAGGCUCGCAUCUCUGCAGCACACGAAGCGCUGGAGCUAGAAGACUGUGCGACAGCAUACAUCCUCCUGGCAGAGGAGGAAGCCACCACCAUAAUGGAGGCUGAGCGGUUAUUUAAACAGGCGCUUAAAGCCGGAGAGGGCUGCUACCGCCGCAGCCAGCAGCUGCAGCACCAUGGCACACAGUACGAAGCCCAGCACAGAAGAGACACCAACGUGUUGGUGUAUAUAAAGAGGCGGCUGGCCAUGUGCUCCAGAAAGCUGGGCCGAACACGAGAAGCAGUCAAGAUGAUGAGAGAUUUGUGUGUUUUCCAGUUAAUGAAGGAGUUCCCUCUCCUCAGUAUGUUCAACAUCCAUGAGAACCUGCUGGAGUCACUACUGGAGCUCCAGAACUACGCCGAUGUCCAGGCGGUUCUGGCCAAGUAUGAUGAUAUUAGCUUACCUAAAUCUGCAACGAUAUGCUACACAGCUGCCUUGCUCAAAGCCAGGGCAGUGUCGGACAAGUUCUCUCCAGAGGCAGCGUCCAGGCGGGGCCUGAGCACAGCAGAGAUGAAUGCAGUAGAAGCCAUCCACAGAGCGGUGGAGUUCAACCCUCACGUCCCCAAAUAUCUGCUGGAGAUGAAGAGUUUGAUUCUUCCUCCAGAACACAUCUUGAAGAGAGGCGACAGUGAAGCCAUCGCCUACGCCUUUUUCCACCUGCAGCAUUGGAAACGGGUGGAAGGGGCGCUCAACCUACUGCACUGUACAUGGGAGGGCACAUUCAGAAUGAUUCCAUAUCCUCUAGAGAAGGGUCACCUCUUCUACCCCUACCCCAUCUGCACAGAGACGGCCGACAGAGAGCUGCUACCCACAGUGUUUCACGAGGUGUCGGUCUACCCCAAGAAGGAGCUGCCCUUCUUCAUCCUCUUCACGGCGGGCCUCUGCUCCUUCACCGCCAUGUUGGCUUUGCUCACACACCAGUUCCCUGAACUCAUGGGCGUAUUUGCUAAGGCCUUCCUCAGCACGCUGUUCGCUCCUCUGAACUUCAUCAUGGAGAAGGUGGAGAGUAUCCUGCCGUCCAGCCUCUGGCACCAACUCACUCGCAUCUGACCCCCCCACCUCCCCCAUCCUGUCCCAUACGACUCCACCGGAAUCCCACCCAGAACCAGCACCAGAGAGCGGACCGGACCGGACCGGACCUCCAUGCAGACAAACGGCCGAGCAGAAAUCCAGAAUGCUGCGUUGGACUGGACUGACAUGCCUUUGUGCCAACAUUACAGAGUUCAAACCAAACUGGAAGCAGACGAUCGGAGCAGGAGGCCCACAGGCAGAACAGCCAUGUCCACCACCGGUUUGGACUUCCUUUGACGUCUUUGCAUUUUGGGGGCAUUUCAGUUGUUUAAAGCUGUUCUUUUUGUUGUACAAACAGAGAUGAUUAAAUGCCAUCAAUAAAAAAAAAGAAGGGAAAGUAUGUCAAUAAAGGACUUUUUGUGUA